GAGCACGGGUAUUUUGAUUAGUAGAUUGUGAGCGGUGAAGAAGGGGGACUAUAUGCAAGGUCCCGCUCGUGCAGACGGCGUGUGUCGAUCUGGAGACGGGCUGGAGCUGCAUGGGUGGCGAUCGGGGGACUUGGAGGAAUGCGGCGACGUCAUGUUUGAUUGGUUUGCGCGACGCGGCUUUUGCAUGGCGAGGAACGCGACUGUGCCGCGAGAGCAAACAUGACACGCGCAGCUGUCUGAAGACGCAACGCACUUGGCUUCAUGGAUUUUCCUGCGGUUUUGCCUGAUUGCCUUGACCUGCACUGACGCUCUUUGCCAUUGUAGGCGGGUCAAGGUAUAGGACACGUUGAAGGUUGAAAGUUCCCGCCCUGGACUCACCAAAGCCUUCCCCACCACUCCCACUCCCACUCCCACUCCAACCGCGCACUCUGCCCACCAUGGCAGACUCGGAGCCCAGCCUUGUGGCCCUGGCCCUCGGAAACGCCGCCUAUGCCUUCUCCAAGGUGCAGCCGCUCUUGCCAGUCUACCUCCACAUGAUCCUCGCGUCUCUGUUCCCCAUCUACGCCGCAUCCCACGCAUCCCUCACCCGACCUUCGACCGCUGCGAAACCCACCAAGAAAGGAAAGAAAAAGACACGGCGCGAGGGCGAUGACGAGGACACGGACAGCGAAGAUGAGGCGGAAGAACCCACGCACGAAAUGGAAGGCCUGACCAACAAGGACAUCAUCCUCUUCCCCCUCUUCGCCGGAAUAGCCCUGGCAUCACUGUACUUCCUCAUCAAAUGGCUCGAAGACCCCACCGUCCUGAACCAAGCCCUCAACGCCUACUUCGCCAUCUUCGGCGUUGCAGCAGUAACAACGCUAGUAUCAGACGUCCUCGACAUCGGCCACUCCAUCAUCUUCCCACGUCGACACGCCCUCGCCGGCACUCUCUACCACGUCCACGCCAGCGACGCCCUCGCCGUACCAGUCGCCGGCACCAUCAGCGCCAGCCAAACUCUUUCAACCCCCUUACCCGGCUUCCUCGCACGCAUACCACUGUCGCAAGCCGCAAAAGAAUGGCUCUGGGCCGACCGCGCAAUGCCGACUCGCAAGUGGACGCUCAAACUGCACACACACGGCGCCCUCUUCGGGAAGCUCAGAAUCAGCGCGCACACCAUGGUCGGUGCUACCGUUGCACUCUCUACCAUCCUCUACUUCAACCUCGUGGAUAAACCAUGGUAUCUGACCAAUCUACUCGGCUUCAGCUUCUGCUACGGCUCCCUGCAGAUGAUCUCUCCCACGACCUUCUUCACGGGCAGCGCGAUUUUGGUCGGGCUCUUCUUUUACGACAUCUACAUGGUUUUCUUCACGCCGCUCAUGGUUACUGUCGCGACCAAGCUCGAUGUACCUAUCAAACUCAUGUUUCCUAAACCCGGGGGCAGGAACACGGCUGCUAUGCUUGGGCUAGGCGAUAUCGUCAUACCAGGCUUGAUGGUGGGGCUGGCGCUAAGGUUCGAUUUGUACCUGUUUUAUCUGAGGAGACAGAAGCGCGUGUCAGCAAAGACUGGUGAGAGUGGGGGAGACGAAGAAACUGUUGUCAAGGCGGAAUACUACCCUCUUGCGGGUCGGUGGAGUGAUCAUUUCUGGACACAUUCCUUCAUGGGGAGGCCGCUGUGGAGUCCUACUUCUCCUGCCGGUGCUGCUUCGAGGACGCAUCAAGGCGGAGAGGGGAACCAAGAGGCGCCAUUUACCUUUCCCAAAGUCUACUUCAACGCUGCGCUGAUAGGUUACGUGGGCGGUUUGGUUGCUACGUUAUGCGCACUCCAUCUUAUGAAUCAUGCGCAGCCGGCGCUACUUUGGCUAGUGCCUGGUGUGUUGGUUAGUCUUUGGAGUACGGCGCUUGUGAGGGGCGAGCUGGGGUUGAUGUGGAAUUACAGUGAGGAAAUCGUUGAAGAAGAGGGAGAUGCAGAUGGGAAGGGGGAGAAGAAGAGAAGGCAGCAAGGCAGUACGGGCGGCGACAAGCAUGACAGGAGGGAUGAGAAAGCCGAGAGAGCGAAGACCAAGUCGCGCAGGUCGGAUCGAGAGCUGCUCUCGUUUUCAAUCGAGGCGCCGCGGAAACCUCGUCGGACUGUAUCGAUUGAGAGUGAUGAUGUCGAGGUGGAGCGGAGCGGCACUGUUACGACUGCGCAGUCUGUUGGUAAUGGAACGUUUUGGGCGGGGUCAACUUCGAACACGACGGCUCGUCAAGAGGUAGAACAUACGGAGCCUGCUGGAAAACGUCUGAGGGUGAGAUAAGCAGAGCAGGAGAGGUACUUACGGUUAUAUUGUAACGAUUGCGCAUAAUGGACUUGCAUAUAGCGAUGGAGUUGUAGGGUUUACACUGGUCUGCAUGGAGUCUUUUUUAUGCUACACAUUCGAAUGUCAUGCGACCCUUUUUCUUUAUUUGGUAGUGUGUAUGCUAUAUUACACAUAUACAUAUAUCCUUUUUUUUCACACAAC